GGUUCUAGUGGCCGCCGCAUUUGGGCGCAGUCUUUUCAUUAUAAUGGAGUUAAAAGGACAAGUAGCUUUAAUCACCGGUGCAGCCGCCGGUAUUGGACUCUCCUAUUCGGAAGAACUCCUCAAGAAUGGUGCUAAGGUUUCCCUGUGCGAUAUUGAUUCUGAAAUCGGGGAGCAAAUUGCUGAUGAGCUCGGUGUAAAAUAUGGACGAAAAAAUGUAUUAUUUUGCCAAUGUGAUGUUACUGAUUAUCCACAGUAUGAAGAAGCCUUCGAGAUGACAAUAAAAGUAUUCAAUCGAUUGGAUAUUGUAAUAAAUAAUGCUGGGGUGAUGAACGAUAGAUUUUGGGAGCUAGAAGUUGAUGUCAACCUGAACGGCGUUAUCCGAGGUACUCUCCUAGCGUACCGUUACAUGGGCAAAGACCGUGGCGGGCAGGGUGGUACCAUAGUGAAUACAGCCUCCACUGCGUUCGCCAAACCACAAGUUUCUACCCCCAUCUAUACGGCUACGAAUUACGCAGUUGUCGGGCUGACUAGGGCCUAUGGGGAUCAAUACCACGUCAACCUUACAGGAGUAAGGAGUAUAGUAUUGUGUCCCGGACUAACGGACACAGGACUUAUUAAGGACAUUCGUAAGCAGUUGAUGUCUUCUGAAUAUGAGGCUGCGUGGCAGAGAGAUAAUGCCAACUCAAAAACUCAGAGCUCUGAACACGUCGCAAGGUCUUUGAUUGAAAUCCUUUUGAAAGCUCAAAGUGGAUCAGUAUGGGUAGUGGAGAACGGACAGCCGGUGCGCGAGUGGCGCGCUUAAACUCUUCUCUACUUCUUUUCGUAUACACUUUUGAUACGUUUAUGAAUAUUUACCGAUCGUCCUUAGAUAAAUAAUUUUGAACUAAGUUUUUAUGUAGUUCAAGAGAAUAUUUUUGUGAAUCAUCCGUAUAUUUGUCGCGAAAUUACCACUAACAAAUCUAAUAUUUGGUUGUUAAAGCAUCCAAAACACAUCUAUUCCUCUCAUACGAUUCUAAUUUACAGAUUCAUGAGAUUACCUUUUUUUUUAAACAUUGGGCUCAAAUUAUAAGUACGCUUCUACUUUUUUUCAAGUAUGGUUACAUGGUUGUGUAAACAUUUUGUUUCCAUUUAGUAUAUAUUUUUAAUUAGGUAUAAACAGCUUAAUUUUUAAGUAUUAUUAGCUUUUAACUAUUUUGUAUUGUUGCUAAUGCGUCUUAAAAUGCAAUAAUGGAAAGGUCUCUAAAAUAUUGUACCAAAGUUCACCAAUUAUGGUUCAGGUAAUAUACCAAUAAUAAUAGAGAUUCAAGAAUAUUUUCUUGAAUCUCUAUUGAAUUAUUGAUUAUGAUCAAUAGAUCAUCUAUCUAUUGAUAUCUAUCUUUUGGGGAUAAUCCAUUAGUAUUAUAUAAAAACUAUUUUGUAUUUACUAAACAUAUGUACAUCAAUAUACUAUCAGCAUUUGGACAAAAAUAUCUUGAAAUAAGUUUAUUAAGGUUUUUGAGUGGAUGCAAAUAUGUAUAUUAUUAUUAAUAUGUAUUAUUUUUCAAACCCUUCUGGUGAAUAAAUGUGAAAAUUAAAAUCACACAUGUAUUUUUAUGAAUUAUCGCGUUUGCUGAUAGUAUAAGCUUUAAGUUUUGGUUUGCAAUAAAAGAAUUGUUUAAAUACGAAGAUGUUUUAAUAAAAAUAACCAGUUAAGAUUUAGAAAUGUAUAUUUUUUAAUACAAUCCAGGUACACCAGCUUUUAAUUUUUAAAAAAGAUUAACAAGUCCCUCAUAACAAAUGAAAAAAUAAAGAAAUGAGGAAGCAGUCCUUUAAGAAACCAACUGAUACACUGGACAAAAAGCUCCGACUCCUGUGACCCAAUUAACUACAAUAUUUUAUUUAUUUAAAGAGAAAUCCAGUGUUCGGUCACAGGGCGCAGCCCAACGUUUUA